CCAUCUUCAUGCAGUCUGCAGAGGUGCAUUGUGGGAAACUCCCAAGUUUCCCCCCCCUCUGCCUGCCUCCCUCCCUCCUCUCUGCGCAAGAGCCAGCUCCCAAGGUGUGACUCGUCCGGCCGGAGGACAGAGGUGCUGUACCAUGUCCAGGUAGGACACUGCCAGCGUAACAGGCGUCCCAAGACAACUGCUCCCAGGCCUUGAGCUCGGGUGGCUCCUCUGCUUCCUGCAGCAACCGGGCAAGGGAGAAGAGCUGGGAUAGCCCCACGUAUCCAGUCGCUGCCCACAGCACCCCUAGGAUGGAUUCCAAAGGCAACGUCCGAAGCGGAAACAAACCUGACGCCAAGGCCGCCAGCUCCGGGAAGCCAGAAAAACCCAACCCUGCGCCUGCCACCAAUGCAGACAAGAAGGAGGCCCCCAAAGAGCAGCCUGCUCCUGCCACGGCCACCAAGAAGGCAGGCGGGGACGCCGCCAUCGCCAACAACCACAGCAACCUGAAACCCAGCCCCGCCGCCACGGAGACGCAGGAGGCCAGCGGCCAGUCCCCUGACUCUGACCACAAGGGAAACAGCUCCGAGGAGUCACCGGGCAGCUUCUUCGACAACAUGAAGCCCUUGAUCAUCGUCGGAGGAGUGGCGGUGGCCGCGCUGGCUGUGAUUGUGGGAGUGGCAUUCCUAGCCCGGAAAAAAUGAAGACCGAGACGGGGUGGGGAUGAGAAACCCAGCCCAGCUGUACAGCUCCUUUUGAGACAAAUGCAUGCAGAGAAAUUCUAUACAUAGCUAUAUAUAUAGAGAGCGAGCUAGAUAGGUCAACAACAAACACCAACUGCAACUCCAGGGUCUUGUUCAAGACAACUGUGCCAGUCUGACCCGCUGUGGGUAACUCCAUGCACUCAGUGUGUUCUUUCAUGUAAUAUAUCUUGGCUUAUACCGCUGUGUAUAGAUUACAGCUUCUCCUGAUCGGUGUAAAUGACGGUGUCCCCUCCCCUCCCCUGCUGUCCUUCCUGGGAGACACCCCCCUCCCCCGCCCCUUGCAGUCCUGUUUUCAAGUCCAAAGUGUUCUACGUCCCAUUUGGAGUCCCAAUUUGUGUUUUGGUUUCUGUUUGGUUCUGUUUUAUCUUGGGCUGUGGUAAAGAAGAUGGAAGGGGAGCGCUAAGGCCUGGCUCUCCUGUCACACUGGGCUGGGGGUGUCUUCUCAGCCCCCCUUGGGACAAGGGAAGCGCAGGGGCAGUGGCUGGGAAGAGGCAGCUCCCUGACCCAACAGCCAUCCCUAGUCGGUGUCUGUGUAUCUGCCCCUCAUCAUCCCACCUUGGAACACCCGCCUGGGAAGUGCUCCAGAGGAACCAGGGAGGCUGCGGCGUGGCAGAGCCGAGUGUGAGCCUGGGAUGUCACAUCAGGUCACUCUUCUGGCUGAGCUGCCAGUGGGACAGUGACCAGAGGGGUUGUGCUGUGGCCCAGAGAAGUCCCAGUGCAGCCUUUAGUAUCCCAGGGCUCGCCAGGGUCACAUGGGCAGCAUUUGGAAUAGAGAGACUUUGUUUUGGAUCUAGUAUUUCCUAAAGUUAGGCUGGGCUUUGCAGGGUGCUGUGGGCUCAGUCCAAGCUCCCUCGAGGCUGGCUGGGCUAUGUGAGUUCAUUUUUUUGGGAUUUGGAUAAGGCUUUUCACUGGAUUUUUUUUCCCCACUGAAGCCUGUGGUCUCUCAGCACAUGGGAAGACAGGAAAAGGGGGAGACAUGAGCUGGUGUUAGGAGCAGAGAGGACCUGGGACCCCAUGAGAGUAACACUGACCUACCUGCUUUAUGCCAGAGAAAUCCCUUUCAAGGGCACUGGAGUAUGUCCCGGGUGGAUUUCUUACCUCCCUCUUGUGACAGAAGUAGUAGGGAUUUGUAACUCAUCCACACUUUGGAAAUGGAAUCAAUUCCCAGUCUUCUGGAGCAGCCUGAUUUCAUGGGUGAGUACCUUGGGUCUAAAGCCAGACUUUGUGAGGGGGAGGAGAGAGGAUGUUUAGUGCUUUGGCCGAUGCUCAGCACUAAACAGUGAGAGGCGAGGAGUUCUGCCUCUGAAAACUUCCAUUAGGCUUUUCUUGGCUGCUGCAAAACAGCCAAGUUAUAAAAACCCCUUACAUUUUGGGUUUAAGUUGGGUCAGAGAUGAGGUCCAAUGGGAACUUGGCAGCAGCCACAGGGGCUGUGACACAGUGGGGUGAGUUCUGUUACAGAGCCCAUUGUGCACCUUUAACUGGGAUGGAUGGAUGGAUGGAUGGAGGAAUUCAGGGGUUGCAGGGACAGAGGGAGGUGUGCAUUCCUCAGGUGCUGCCUAUGCAGUGUCUGCCUCUGGCACAGUCCCUGGACGGGCCAGUGAGGAGGUAUAACCUGACCUGGCAAUUCUUCUCUUGGCUUGUGCCUGUCUUAUUUACCUCCAAAUCUGACCUGCUGAAUGCACAUGGUCUUGGAAUGCACGGCUACUCCUAUGGUGAACUCAGAAACUAUUCCCAAAGGUGUAUGGCCUCUGGGAAUAUCAAUCACUGUGUCCUGAUGAAACUGGAAGUUAAUGCUUCCACCUUUGCAAGCACAGAGAUAGGAGCAAGCAUGUUGGGCUCACAGGAAUUUUGGGAAGCAGGGCUACAGCUCCAGGUGAGAUCCUGGUAACCUAAAACACUCUUGGCAUGAGUUGUGGAUGUGUUCCCAGCAGCAGUGUGUCACAGCCUGGGGAAGGGUUAGAAGCAGAAAGGUCCUCCUCUCCCCUCGGAAGCACAACUUUGCAGGGGAAUUUUCACAGGGAGUUUUGCUUACAUUGCUCAGAGGGAAGGGAAAUCACCCCCUCCUACUCUGGUUCAUGUUUUGCCAAAUAGGGUGAUGAUUUUCAGACAGUGACGUCAGUUUUCAAGAGAUGUUUCUACCUUUCCUGCCCCCUCCCUCCCUCUCAGCUCUGGCCUAGGAUUGUUUUUAGCAGCGUGUGACAUUAGGCACAGCAUCUAUCUAUUCUGCCCUGACCAGCAUAGAUAGAUUGGGCAAGGAAAGUGAAGCACCCGCUCCACUCAAGUCUCCAGUUUUUCUAAAAUGUUUUUAUUUUCUUGUCUUCACCUUUGGCAACAGAAGAGGGAAAAAACAGUUCCCAGCUAAUAGCCUUAACCUUUUCUCCAUCUCCAAGCCCCACCUGCCCUUAGAGCACUCGGAUGCAAGGCAACCAGUUUCAUCCAGAAGCACCACAGAGGUGGUGAUGGGGCUGCAGCUCCUCAUCAGAGCAUGUUGCUCAUUAGAGCCCUCCCAGCUCGGCAAACCUGGUAUGUUCUGUUUGUAAGGGGUUUUUGAACAUGGUCUUUCCUGUUCCCAAGGGAUUUUCCACUUCCUGUGAUCACUUAAGAGUCUGCUGUUGAGGUUCAGCUCCUGGAACCCACCUCUUUGGCAGUUUGGUUUGGAAAAAACCCGUCUGUGUCUGUGUGUGUGCCUUGAAGCACAUCCUGUGUGUGUGUGUGUACAAACCUUCAUGUUGCAUUGCUGCAGUCUGGGAGGGGGAGAGAAUCCAAGCUGGAGAUGCCCCUUCCUUCCUUGCCUGCAUUCACACUAAGUGUCCAUGAUGUCUUUUCUGUGCCAUUCCCACUACGCCAUGCAGCUCCUCAAUUCCUUUUUGGUCCUGGUUUAUCCUCAGUGCAAGGAAUGUCUGGCUGGUGAAGUGCUGAGUGUGUGGUGUGCUUGGAGCCCUGAGCCCCUGCUCCCCAGUCAUGUGGGCUCUUUGCUUUAAAAUGAGGCACUUUUAGACUAUCCUGGACUGUGCUCUAGCGCUUUUCCAAGUGUGGGUCUAGUGUUGAGCUGGGCAGAUCCAGCGUAGAUGCCCCAGCGCGCCGCAGCCCUGACUUGCAAACAGCUCCUGUCCUGCCUUACUGUGCCAGGCUGUGCAGUGCUUUCCUUCUGAGCCAAAAAUGUCCAGCGAGCACCAGGCCGAGGGAGCAAUCCCCCUCUCUCAGCCCCAGCUCUGUCGAAACAGAAGGCUUUAAUGACUGACCUCGCUGUGCUAAAUAAAUAGUUGUCUUUUCUUGUACUGAGCACACGCCGUUAUUUGCUUGAUGUCCUCCUUUGUGUGGUUUUUGUGGUAUAAAGUCCUUCCAGUGACAUCUCCAUGGGGACAGUGAAUUAACAUUUAAAACUAAUCAGAGUCUGUGCUUGGGGUUUGAAGAGAUCUAGAUUGCUAGUUUACUCUUUUUAUCAAGUUGAUAAAUUAAAUAUUGGCAAAAUUGGUUUCAGACCUUUCAGCUUAGCACCAAAACUCUCAACUGAAUCACUGCACCCAAUCUCAAUCUCUUUUUAGGGAAUCAUAAAUUUUAGUUGAAUAUAAAGAUGUCAUUUUGCUGUCUUGGACAACUCAGUAGAAGGUUUUUGCUGCUUCUAUUUUAAGAGAGAUUAAAUGGAUUAUGCUUCUGCUUCCUCUUCCUACUGAUUUAAUACCCUGUAGCUAAAUCCUGUUAUUCCUAACGGUGUUGCAGUAGGAUGAAAACAAAUCUGGAAGCUGGGGGAUUAUGCAGCAGCAUUUUUGGGAGGGCAAGAAUGCAUUCCUGUUUGCCUGUGGCUCACUUAAAACACUCAACAGUCAGUUGCCCUGAAGUAUUUCUUAGGGGCUGGGUGAUAAAUUAAGCAUCCAUUUGUGUCUCUGAUGGUCUAGAGUUUGAAGGUUGAGCCAUAGGAUACUGAAAACAAUGGGAAUUUUUCCAUUGGUUUCACCAUGCUCCGGCCUUUGAGUUCUUGUUGGCACCAGGGAUAUGAUCACAGGUCAUCAUAAAAUCAUCUCAAUUACACAUUUGUUUUUCAAUUGAUACAAAUGUUCCUUAGGCUGAGCGUAAAGGAAGUCUGUUCUCUGAGGCAGCCCUGCUUAUGAUGGUAUCAGGAUUUGUGUAUGAACAACAGCAGUGUAACCAAAAACUCCUGGAGCUGGUGAGAGAUGAUUUAUGCCUUAAAAUAUUCCCUACUUUUCUUGGAAAUGCUACUGGGGUUUAGAAUUCAGCGGCCUUCUAACUAUUCUUAGAAUUGGUUGAAAAUAACAGUGCUGGAGAUUGGAGAAGAAAAUUAUUCUUCAAGAAAUAAACCAAAAAAGGAAGGCAAUGAAAAAAUAUGUUUGAAAGGUGAAAUUUUUGGAAUUUCAAUCAGCUCCAUGGAAAGCUUUGAGUCAGUGAAGAUUCUGAGAGGGUACAAGGAACAGAGCAGAGAAGUGGAGAGAAAAAGCACUAUUUAAUUAUCUUAAUAGCUUUGGUAAGGACAUCCUAACUUUUAUAUCCUCUUCCCCCCUUUUUUCUUCCUCAGAAAAAGGCAAAAAUUAUGAGCUCUGGUGCCAUGCAAAUUAACCUCUGCUAAUUGCCUUUUCCAGAUGAAUUCCUGCUGGCUCUGUGCAAUGUUAAAGGGUUAGAAAAAUACCUGAAGUUUUCUAUAACCAACCUUGCAUGAUUCAGGGGAAUUGCCAGGACAUCAGGAGGGGCUGUAUUCUCUUUUCACGUUAUGACAAGGACUGCAAAAGCAGCCUGCUCGCACUUCCAUCCUCCUGGUCCAGCCUUCAUGCUGGAGCAGGAAUGCUGAUUCCCUUCCCAGGCCUUGCAGCAUCACAUCCCAUUCAUGAGCUGGCUGCAGUUCUGCUGCACAGGUUGGGCACUUCCUGCCACAAAGAGGAAUUGGCUUUGAUCUGGAACAUAACAGCUCUGUAUUCCAGUAAAUUCUCCUUGCAGGACAUUGGAAUUGGGAAUAUUUCCUGCUAUUUACACGGGCGGUAUUUGGUCCUUUACUCUUUUGGGGAGAAAUCUGCUGAUGCUGAGGAUUUGUUGGCACAUUUUGGGUCUUAUGAGUGACACUUAGCUGACAGCUCCAAAAAGCCUUGGAGCCUGUGCCCCCAUCCAGCAACCCUCAGGGGUUUAAUCCACUGAAUAAGGUGGAUUUAUGAUGACUUCUUCCUCUUCUUUUUGAGACCAUCAGUCCGGCCCUUUAACCUGCUUUCCUUUUAAAUUCCCUAAUUCCUGGGAUGUCUGUUCACACCAGGUCUUCAGCUGCUACAAACUGUGGCGUUCAAUUGGUUUCUGAUCUGAUCAUUGCUUGUUCUUUCCUCCUCCUUUGGCCACUGCACUGUAUUCCCUUUUCUUUCCCUGCUUUCUUCCUGAGCAGCUCUGCAGAUAUGGCCUCUCCAUAGCCCAAAGCUGGGGCAGACUUUGGGUUGUCUAAGGCAGGUGUUAGGUGGGUCCCCCAAAAAUACAGGCAGUGCUGGGCCCCCAGACUGUGUCACAUCAGAGAAUGUGUGGAGCUUUGAUCUACCCUCACCUUUGAGGGUCUAAGUCUGCAAGAGGCUGAGUGCUUGGCUGCCACAGGAUUUGUAAUGGAUGACAAAUCCCCAGGCAGGUCCCUUCUUGUCCUUCCCUGUCAGUCAGGUAUGAGGUGUUCUGGCUGCUUGAGAGGGGCUGACAUGGUGUGAGCACAGACUGCGCUUGGCUGCAGCCAGAGCUCCCUCAGCCCUCUGGAGCACCAAAAACAGAGGGAAAAGAGAAGUUUUGAAGUCGAGGACAUGUACUUCUGCUGGCCUGGAAGGAUCAGCUGUUGUGUCAGGUGUGAGGGUGCAGGAAGUGCAAGGAUUGUCUCAUUUCAAUGAGCUGAUCAGGUGUCACUGGGUGAUAGGGAAGUGUGGGACAUCCAGGCCUCUAAAAUUCACAUUUCAUUUAAUUGACCAUAAUAGGCCUCAAAAUCUUGCGAGAGAUGAGAGCCUUUGGCUUUCCAAAUUCAUGAGUUUGGAUCUACCUUGUGCUAUAGCUCUGCUGCCUCCUCUGGAUAGUGUGUGCUCUGAUAUGCAGUGCUCUGGGACUCGUGCCCUCUUUGAUGCUCUUCAAAUUAAAUAGACUUUUUUUUUUUUUUCUUCUUUUUUUUUUUUCUGAAGAGCAUAACAUGGGUUAAACAGGCUUUGGACUGGCUGUUCCUAUUUCUCUUCUGGAUAUUCCCAGCUUGCAAUUCUCAAACAGUUCCAUCACUUUUCCAUUUCCCAGCUUCAGUGCAGCAUCCCAAGCAUGAAUGUACAGGUUCUUUCUGUGUGAUGAUGCUGCAGCACCAAAGGUCCCACCAGGACAAGAGGAAUCUUAAAUCACCUUUCCACCAGUCAUGUCCUGCAUCAUAUCCCUGGUUCUGCCAUGGCUGCUUCAAGCAGCCAGGCUUCUGGGGCAAGUUGAUAAGAACAAGGGUGCCACACAAUUUUGUUUGGUUAAAAACCAAUCAACUAACCAACAUGGGAAUAAUUUGGCUUUACUGAGUUUUGAGCAGCCCUUCAUAACCCUGGUGCCUUUUCCCAGGACUGUUUCAACUGAAGCUUUUAAAAGUUGCAGUUUCACCUCCCCAGGAAACCAACUCUCUUCCAGUGGUAGGUGCAGGUUGGCUAUCAGUUUGUGGAGGAACUAAAAUUUUAGGAAGGGAACUCGAAGGUCAGAUUACAGGGGAUUUUUAUUUUGUUUUUGGUUUGUUUGGAUUCUGUUACUUCUUCAGGGACUGAUCCAAAGCCCUCGAAAGUCAGACUGAAAUGCCUGCUGUUCCUUUGGAAGCCUCAGACACCUUUCCAAUGAUGUCGGUGGGUUUUGAAUCAGCUCCUGAGUGUGUUUUCCAAAUGAUAGGAAUUUUCCAAUUGACGCCUUGAUUUCUUCCCUGUACAACCAGACCUGCUUGUCACUUACCUGUGUUCAAUGUACAGGUUUGGGGUUUUUUUUUGCUCUCAGAAACAAUAUGCUGCUAGACACAUUUCCUGGAGGGAAAUGGACACCUACCUACACACAAAGCUAUCCAGCUAAUUUAUACCUUGUUGAAUUUAUAAUCUUGUCUAUGCUUCUAUGGACACUUUGUAUGGGCUGCAGCUCAAAUCCUAAAAUAGUCAAGAAUUUUUUCCUUUCCCAUAUAGUAUUCUAUUUACUUUGACUUUGAAAACAAAAAAAGCGUAUAAAUGCAAUAAUGCAGGUAGACUAGAAAUACUAGAUUGAAAAUUUAAAGUAGUUUAGCUUGUCCCAUUGUGACUGACAGUGUUGUAUGACACCCAACGCUGUACCCUGACAUUUUCCAGGCUUUCUCCGUAGCUGAAUCUAGUAUUAGCUUUGGAAACCCAUUGUGUGAGUGGUGGGUGGAUGGGUUGGAAUCGUGUGCUCUCUACACACUGUAUGUUACUCACAUCACAAGCUGUAUGGCCACUCCAUAUGCUGUGAAACUGUAAAUGAUUCCCAAAUACACCUGUAACUCUUACCAGGAUUGUGAGAAAUAAACUAUAUAUAGAUAUAUAUACACACA